AUGGAUUCUCAGGGCGAUUUCAUGAAAUUCGAAUGUUAUGUGUCUUCACUUGGAGAUCCACCAAUUACAUGGUCGUGGUAUUGUGGGGAAGAGGUGAUGAAAAAUGUUACAUUUUCAGGCACUUACAAUUACAUGAAUUUCACUGCACUAUGGAAUCACGACAGAAAACUUUGCUACUGCAGAGCAAAAUCACCUUCUACUGUUUUAUUCUACGACGAAACCUCUCGGUAUCGAUACCAGAUGCGUGUUUAUCAUUCACCUCGGACACGACCAAAGAUCUAUCCUGUGUCUCCUACAACUGUAGGGAGCGGUGAGUACGUUACCAUCAAGUGUAAUCUUACAACACUGGGCUAUCCACAAAUAUCAUGGAGAUGGAUAUGUGACGAUCUGCCUCCCCUGAAUGGAGUAGACCUAGGAACAGAGACUUACUUAGAAAUCAAAGUAACUGCACGACACAAUGGGAUGGCUUGCAGAUGUAGAGGAAUAUCUUCCUCUAUCUAUGUAUACGAUGAGCUUUCAGAUCCAGUCACAAUCUUUCUUUACUUCCAGACAGAGUCACAAGAAAUAACCCCAGAAGCUGGACUUGCUAAAGAAUGUAUAAAAGCUACGGCUUUUGGAACAACUACUGGGCUACUGUCAACUAUUGUCAUUGCUUUAAGCUCUGUCCUCCUGAUACAGUAUAUAAGAAAAAAGAAAGGAAACGUUUGUUCUUGUGGACAUUCUGAAAAAAACGAAGAGGAAAAAGCAAGCAGUAUUUAUAAAUGA